CAUAAUUUUGGUGUAGAUAUAGCAUUGCUCCAGAUAGAUACAUAGCUAGCUCUACCCAUUUACGUUGCAACAAAAUAACGAAACCAGUGGCCCUCACUUCUCUUCUAUAUAUACCUAUAUCAUUUCCCAUCAAUCCAUCCUUUCUCACACCAUUCCCUUUCCCUCUCUCUCCAUACAUUAUCACUAUCUCUUCUCUUUCAUUUACCUCUCCUCAGGUAGAAUGGGAAGUACUGGAAAAACUAACUACGGAGAAUACACCUAUGAGAAUCUUGAGAGGGAGCCUUACUGGCCAUCAGAGAAGCUGAAAAUUUCCAUCACUGGUGCUGGUGGUUUUAUCGCGUCGCAUUUAGCGCGGCGUCUUAAGAAAGAGGGGCAUUACAUUAUUGCUUCUGAUUGGAAGAAAAAUGAGCACAUGACUGAGGAUAUGUUCUGUGAUGAGUUCCAUCUUGUUGAUCUUAGGGUCAUGGAUAACUGCCUUACGGUUACGAAAGGGGUUGACCAUGUUUUCAAUCUUGCUGCGGAUAUGGGCGGGAUGGGGUUUAUUCAGUCGAAUCAUUCGGUUAUUAUGUAUAACAAUACUAUGAUUAGCUUUAACAUGAUUGAGGCUGCUAGGAUUAAUGGCAUUAAGAGGUUCUUUUAUGCCUCUAGUGCUUGUAUCUACCCUGAAUUUAAACAGUUGGAAACUAAUAAUGUGAGCUUGAAGGAGUCGGAUGCAUGGCCUGCUGAGCCACAAGAUGCGUAUGGGCUAGAGAAGCUUGCAACAGAGGAGAUAUGCAAGCAUUAUAACAAAGAUUUUGGAAUUGAGUGCCGCAUUGGAAGGUUCCAUAACAUAUAUGGUCCUUUUGGUACAUGGAAAGGUGGAAGGGAGAAGGCUCCUGCUGCUUUUUGUCGGAAAGCAAUCACAUCUACUGACAAAUUUGAGAUGUGGGGAGAUGGUUUGCAAACACGAUCAUUCACAUUCAUUGAUGAGUGUGUUGAAGGUGUACUUAGACUGACUAAAUCCGACUUCCGUGAGCCGGUAAAUAUUGGAAGUGAUGAAAUGGUCAGCAUGAAUGAGAUGGCUGAGAUCGUUCUUGGUUUUGACGACAAGAAAACUCCUAUACAUCACAUUCCUGGCCCAGAGGGUGUUCGUGGUCGUAACUCAGACAAUACACUUAUCAAAGAGAAACUUGGCUGGGCUCCAACAAUGAAGUUGAAGGAUGGACUGAGGAUUACUUACAUCUGGAUUAAGGAACAGCUUGAGAAGGAAUCGGCUAAAGGUAUCGACACAUCAGGAUAUGGAUCAUCAAAAGUGGUGCAAACCCAAGCUCCAGUGCAGUUAGGCUCACUUAGGGCAGCAGAUGGCAAAGAAAGUAGUUAAUUCAUGGCAGUAGCAGUCAAGUUAAUGUUUCAGGAAAAGAGUUGGCUUCAUAUUGCAGAUUAAUAAAGGCCUGUGGUCAUGGUUAUUAGCUGUUCGCAGGUUAUUUAUGCGUAGAUCGGAAUCUUCGAUGCUUGUUGUAUUUCAUAUCGCUAUUUUUAUAGCACUUGUCGGUGCUUGAAGUGGUUUACUGCACUAGAAGUUGUAAACCAUUUCUUUUUAGUCUUAGCCUUUGGUUAAUAAGCGGACAAUUGUUUUCUGCCUUGUGAUUUCUGAAGUUCAAUGUAAUUCAUUUUCAUGUUA